GAUCUUGAAUAUAUUUAAUUGAGAUAUUAUAUACGCCAUCUUUUUACAUUAAAAUAUGUUUUAUAUAAGGUAUUAUUAACCUUAUAAAUCUCCUACGGUCUCCUCUCAUGUUCAUCCUUCCUAUGCUGUGCGAACUGUGAUGUUCAACAUGUCAGCGACUCAUCAGUUCCAAUUUACAGUCGUUCUCGUUCUGUCUCUUGAGAUUACGUUGACAUGUUUUGCAGCCACUUCCAUUCCACAAGAGCUUCACAAAGGCUUCUCGGCAGCUCCACAGUCUACAACGACGUCGUUUGAGACUGUUCUGAGCGACCCCACCGGCAACUUUUCCCUGGGGUUCCUCCGCCAUAACCAAAACCAGUUAACACUAGCAGUCAUCCACGUGGCUUCCUCGGAGCCACUCUGGGUUGUUGGCAACAAACCAACCCACUCGGCAGCAGCCUGGUCUGUCACCACUCGCCUAUUCUUCAACGGCAGCCUCGUGUUAUGGGACCCACAAAGUGGCGCGUCGUGGUCAACCGCCACAAAUGGGGACCGCGUCGUGCUCCUCAACACCUCCAACUUGCAGGUUCAAAAUAACAAAGGCACUCUUCUAUGGGAAAGUUUCAAUUUUCCCAUAAAUACCCUCGUCCAGGGCCAGAACUUCACCGCCAACAUGUCUUUGAUGUCGGGUAACGGCUUAUAUUCGUUGCGGUUAGGCGACAACUACAUGGGCUUAUACACAAACUACGGCGAAGAAGAAGGAGGGUCGUUGAGGCAGUUAUUAUACUGGAAACACACAGCACUAGAAGCAAGAGCUGAAAUAGAUGAAGGAAAGGGACCCAUUUACGCCCAAGUCAACGAGAAUGGUUAUCUCGGCAUGUACCAAUCAAGCCCCAACCCCGUUGACGUUCAGAAAUUCAACAGCUUCCAACAGGCCUUCAACACGUCGUCGUUUCUGUUGGUGCGGUUGGAACCUGACGGGAAUCUGAAAGGCUAUUACUGGAACACGGACACCUCCACCUGGCUGCUUAACUACCAGGCCAUCACUGACACCUGCGAACUCCCCAGCCCCUGCGAUUCGUACGGUUUGUGCACGCCGGGUGGGUCUGGAUGCUCCUGUUUGGAUAACCGGACCCGGUUUGAACCGGGUGGGUGCUUGGCUGGAGAUGCAGAUGUUGAUGGAGAUUUGUGUGGGGAAAGGAUGGGUGGGAACAGUUACUGGGUGCUGAGGAGGACGGGAGUGGAGCCACCGCACAAGGAGCUACUCGGACACGUAACGACGUCGUCUCUGGCGGAGUGCGAGGGAUUGUGCCAGAACAACUGUAGCUGUUGGGGAGCGUUGUACAGCAACGCAACCGGGUUUUGUUACGUUUUGGACUACCCGAUCCAGACCAUGUUGGGUACCGGGGAUGAGUCCAAGGUGGGUUAUUUUAAGGUGAGGAAAGAUGCAGGGGGAAGGAAUCGGGUUGGGGUGCGGGUCGGAGUUGUGGUUGCGGUUUUGGUUGGGAUUAUUGGUAUUAUUAUUGGGAUUGGGAUGUGCCGAUUGAGAUGGAAAAGGAGGAAAGGGGUGAAUGGGAUCCUGGAGGAGGAGAAUGGGGUUUCGCCCGGCCCGUAUAAAAAUCUCGGAUCCGCAAGUUUUAGAUCCAUCGAAAUGUGCAAUAAUGCCCAAUAA